CGCCAUUUUUGUGGCGGGCGGAAGCGGGGGAAGGAGCGGGUGAGAGGUUCCUUCGGCCUGGCCGCGGGUCAGGGUGAGGAGAGCUUUCCCCAGCGGGUCUUACCGUGAGGCGAUCCGCUUGCUGCAGCCAGGGGCCUCCCCGCCGCUCCCGGCCCUGGCCGCAGGGUCUCUUUUCCCCGCCGGUGGCUCAGGCCUCCCCCGGGAGGUAGGGCUUCGGUGCAGGGCUGAGGCUCCGGGGAUGGCGCUUUGCCUUCCGCGUCUUUAUUUUUAACGACUCGUGGGUUUGUGAUUCAGGUGCAGGCUGUGAAAUGGCCCUUCCCCGCCUGCUGCGGCCUUUGCUCAGGGGGCUGCCCCCGCUGGCUCGGCUGGGCUGCGGGCGGGCUCUGCACCGGGCGGCCCCUGCCCCGGCACCGGCGGCUCCAGACUUCAAUAGUUUCGUCACUCGGACCAACACUUGUGGGGAGCUGCACUCUGCUCACGUGGGGCAAGAGGUCACACUGUAUGGGUGGAUUCAGUAUCAAAGGCAAGGCCUGUUUCUUGUUCUGAGGGAUUUCCAGGGGCUGACCCAGAUCAUCAUUCCACAAGAUGAGGCACACGCCCAUGUGAAGAAACUCUUGUCUAAUGCCCCAGUGGAGUCUGUUGUGCGAGUGACUGGAAUUGUGAUCCCUCGGCCACCAGGGCAGGAGAAUCCGAAAAUGCCAACAGGGGAUAUUGAAGUGAAGGCGGAGACUGCAGAGGUCCUAAACUCCUGCAAGAAGCUACCUUUUGAAAUCAAGGAUUUUAUCAAGAAAUCAGAGGCCUUACGGAUGCAGUAUCGCUAUUUGGACUUGCGUAGCUUCCAGUUGCAGUAUAACCUGCGGCUGAGAUCACAGAUAGUGAUGAGGAUGCGGGAAUAUCUGUGUAACCUCCAUGGGUUUGUGGAUGUAGAAACUCCAACGCUCUUUAAAAGAACGCCAGGGGGAGCAAAAGAAUUCCUUGUGCCCUCGAGGGAAGCGGGCAAGUUCUACUGUCUGCCACAGAGUCCUCAGCAGUUCAAGCAGCUCCUCAUGGUUGGAGGCCUGGACAGGUACUUUCAGGUUGCUCGCUGCUACCGAGAUGAAGGUUCGCGGCCUGACAGGCAGCCUGAAUUCACUCAGAUAGAUAUAGAGAUGUCAUUUGUAGAUCAAGCUGGGAUCCAGAGACUGAUAGAGGGCCUCCUGCAAUAUUCCUGGCCUGAGCAAAGAGGCUCCAUUACGACUCCUUUCCCUUCGAUGACAUACGAGGAGGCACUGGCUAACUAUGGGACUGAUAAACCAGACACUCGUUUUGGGAUGAAGAUAGUGGAUAUCGGUGACUUUUUACGAAGAUCGGACAUUCAGUUUGUGCAGGAUGCACUCAGUUACCCACAUGGCACAGUCAAAGCCAUUUGUAUUCCUCAUGGAGUGAGAUAUCUUAAAAAUAAAGAUUUGGAGUCAUUAAAGGAGUCUGCAAAAUCCCAGUUUAACCAGGAAAUCAUGGAAAUUAUCUGCAGGCCUGAUGGAAGCUUGAAGUCUCUGCUCACAAAGUUUCUUGGUGAGAAGCAGCAGUCGGAGCUUAUCCAAGCGCUGAACAUGCAGGUGGAUGACGUGGUGCUGCUGGCAGCUGGCGAACACAAGCAAGUGUGCUCUGCAUUAGGAAGCCUACGGUUGGAGACUGCUGACCUUCUCGAGGCGGCUGGGCUGGUGCUCCGUGAUCCCACAGCCUUUCACUUUCUGUGGGUAGUGGAUUUCCCCCUUUUCCUCCCAAAGGAAGAGAAUCCCACUGAACUGGAAUCUGCUCAUCACCCCUUCACUGCCCCUCAUCCUUCAGAUACCAGCCUCCUCUAUUCUGAUCCCACAAAGGUCCGUAGCCAACACUAUGACCUUGUGCUGAAUGGCAAUGAAGUUGGAGGUGGCUCCAUCAGAAUUCAUAGUGCAGAACAACAGCGUUUUGUGCUGGAGAAAGUGCUGAAGGAGGAUUCUGAGGUGCUUUCCCAUCUGCUUGAGGCUUUGGAAUUUGGAGCUCCACCUCAUGGAGGAAUUGCUUUAGGACUUGACAGGCUGAUCUCUCUCAUCGUUGACGCUCCAAGUAUCCGAGACGUCAUUGCUUUUCCUAAAUCCUUCAGGGGACGAGACCUGAUGGGCAAUGCUCCAGACUACGUCACUCCAGAAGAACUAGAGCCGUAUCACAUCCAGGUUUCCUGGCUUCUUGCAGAAAAAGAGGCAAAGAAAAACUAGUGAUCAGGACGGCCACAGUGCAGGAGCGACUCCAUCCUGAGUAGAGCACGGGCUCUAGCAGCAUCCUCCCAGACCAAGCCACUUGGCUCUGCUCUGUAGCAUAUAGCAAGCCCCCUGCAGAGGCACUCCAGUAGAUGUUCUUAACUCUGCCUAGGUUGGAGAAAGUAGAGAACUGGUGGGAGGAAAGGAGGAAGGUGAAGGAGCUGAGGAAGAGAGAAGACAUUACCUAAAUAAGCUAGGAAGAUGGUGCGAAGGAAGAAGAAGGAGAGCUACUAUGUCCCAGCUGGGAAGGACAGCAGGAGAUAUCUGCCAGAGGGAGUGCAUGAGGACAGAAGGAAGACUGCAAUUCAUGUCUGAGCUGAUUCUGAACUCCAGCCUUCUGUGGAAGAUUCUGUCUUGCAUGUUCCAACAGAGUCUAGGCUGCUCCAAGGGUUAUUGGCUAAUUCAGCCUCCACACUGUGGGAUAACACUACAUGAUGGUGUGCAGCAUUGCUGUUUUUAAAUACUGGACUGUCCUGUUGAUAAGGAACAGUGAGGGAGGCGGCUCAUCUCCUUAAGGCUGUUUUUUGAGUACUUUAUACAAGUAACAGUAGAGCUGACUUACUGCUGCUUUGCAGAUUAUAAGAUGAUGGAGUUAUGUAUGUAAAAGAAAAAUCCUUUCUUAUCCCAUGUUAAGAUUGUUAUUGUUAGUCUCAGAGCAUGGUUAAAUACUCUUUUAAAAAAAACAACAAACCCAAAACACAGUCCUGGAUUGGUAUUCACAUGCAUUCUAGCCAAACACUGUGAAUUCCUGAUUUUUUUUUUUCCUUGUAUGAGCUGUUCAUUCUUAUCUAAAUUAAUUCACCUUUGUUUUACUUCCUUCCCUCCCCAAGUAGAAGCUGUCAGUAAUGGAGUGAGGAUCAGUUUUCAGAAGCUGAGCUGAAAAUUGGAUCUGUGUUUAAAGUAGAUCUGUGUUUAAAAACAAUUUUUAAAAAUUUUUGGUGGUGAUUUCGAGGGGGUGGAAAGGAGGUUCUCACCUUGUGAGAAUUAUACUAGGUGUUUUUGUUCCCUUAACUUGUAAGUGGUGAUGUGGAAUACAGACACUAAAAGGCUAUAUGUUAUAUUCAAACUACUUUUUUAGAGGAUGCUGGAUUUUGUGAUUUCGUUUCUUUGCUGGUAGUGAGGUUUGCUUGAGGGUCAUGUGUGUUCCUAAAGCGGGGAUGUCAGAGGCUUGUUUGAGGGCAUGGGAUCACAGAAAAUAACAGUUCUGCGAAGUUCUUCACACCCCCCAGACUAUUGUUUAUAAUAACUGUAAACAUAUUGUGCUGGGUUUUUCCUUUUAAUUGUAAACUAAGGGGUACUGUACCAUUUGGUUAGUAACUGUUUGCAAAAGCAAAUGCUGUUUACAUCGGGAGAGACCCAGUUCUUUGAAUUAGGAUUAUUAUCAAGCGUUCAAAGGAUAACUGAUGCUCUGAGAGUUUUGGGCAGAAACAUAACACUGACUGAAACGUUCUUCUUGAGAGCACUUGUUAAAACACGUGAGCAAGCUGUCUCCGAGGCGUACACAUCCCUCUCCCCUGCAAGCUGUUUUGUGUGAUGUUUGUUUACCCAUUACUCUGUUAAGGACUCACAGCACUUAAAAGUGCGUGACACAGCUACGAUUAGCCACAGUGGGGAAAAAAAAAAUGCAACAAAACAUGUCAUUGGAGCUGAUGCAGUUCUGCCACAAUUAGGUCAGUGGAAAAGAUGUAUCCCAAAUUUAUGUAUGCCACCUGUGCUUGGAUUUGUGCAUCCAGGUGGUUUACAAGUGCAAGUGUGUGAGUUUGCCAGUGGUUGAGUGAAUGUUGCCACAGGGAAGACGUUAAUUGUUCUGUUUUCUGUAGAGCAUUGUGUAAGGUUUCACUUGGGCUUGUGGAAGCCUGAUCUACAGGAGGUCACUUUUAAACCACAAUCUUGUCGGCAUACUUGGCUGCCUGUUUUGGUGGAAGCAAGAUUAGACAAGAUAUUGCAGAGAAAUACAGGGCGGUCGUAUUGCAGACCAAUAUCUCAUGUUUGCUGGAGAAGAGCUGCUGGCCUGUGAUCCUAAAACCAGAUGUUAAACCAAAUAAUUCAGUUCAGCACAACCUCCAUCAGAAAGCCCUGCUGAAAAUAAGCUACAGCAUAACCACAAGCUGCAACGCUUGCACAGAGCCCUCUUCUUUCUCCUGUGUGAGACAAACCUAUGGAGCAAUGUUGCUAUAUUGCUAGAAGAUGCAAAGUCCUGGACUCCUCUGUUAAGAGUUAAUCUUUAAGUAAUCUUUCACUAGAGGCGUGGUGUGUAAGAAAAGGUUGGUGACUCUACAUUGCUGCAUGGUUUGGGUGGGUUGGUUGGUUGUUUUCCUUCCCCGCCCAGAAGAGGUCUCCAGGCCUAAGCCAAACUAGCAGUAUAAAUCUGUUCAUCAACUUAAUGAGAGUCCAGAGUCCUUGGGGGUGCCUUUAUACUAUUUCUUUUUGUCCAACCGGCAAGCAGUAAUAGAGUUAGUAUAUGCAGACUCCUCCUGGUGUUGGAGGUACUGAGACUGUCGGCUAUUACCAGAAACGCCCCUCUGGCACACGGAGCAGCCUCCCGUGCUACAGUAUGUAUGCAGAUAAAAUUAGUGACAAAGCCCAUAUCGUUACUAUCUCCAGAUUCCUGCAGUGAUUUCCACGUGUCAUUGUGACUCCUCUGCUCUUCCUUCAACCUCUUCAGUGUGUGUGUGUGAGUUAUAUAUGAUGGAUAAGAGAAUUGUCCAGCUUCUGGGUACUCUACCUGGAACAGUUGGCUUUGUUGGGAAUAGAAUCACCAGCUGCCUGAGGAUUUGGUUUGGGUCUUUGCUGGUGGGGAUCAACUUGUGAUGGUUGGGUGUCUCCACACGCAAGGGUUGGGCAAGUUCUACUCCAGAGAAUUUAAAUGAGCUGGUGCUUUGUACAGUCGUGUGGUGAAUCCCCAAGCCCGGGAAGGCAUGGCUCUGCUGCCCUGUCACCAGCAUCUCUCCCACUGGGAGGAAUGGAACAGGCGUGGGGUCGGGUGAUGCCGCAUUGAUGUCCAGCAUCUGGUGAAUACAGGCAGCCUCAGCAAAAGAGCGUAUAAUGGUAAGAGGAUAAGGAGAGCUUAUGCUCUCAAAUAGGAGAGUUUCUAUUUUUUCCCUGCUUACUUUAUACCUUUAGUUGCUUGCACAAUGAUUUGUUUUGACCACACUUGCUCGCUGUUGUCGGCGUACGUAACCAGCCGUCUCGUGAGGAUGCUUGGUACGCUCCGUGGCCCGUGUGUUUAACAGCAGCAGAAAAGGCACAGACAACUGACAGCCACCUGAACGCUACCAGUUGGAAAUCCCCCGUGUAAGCUUCAUGUGACUUCACCUCUGAAUGUUUGGGCUCUUAUUUUAGGCUUGUGUUCUAGUUUGUUGGUUUUUUUUCCAAAGCGUUGUUUUAUGUAAUUAAAAAAGGUUGAUUACAUGCAGUCACCAGCUG